AUGGCAGAUAAAUGGCUCAAAUGUUUCCGAGAGUCGGCCAAAAAGGUAUGCGACAAAAAUGGCGUGAAGUUCUUGGAAUGGGUGGUCGACCCGUAUGUGUCGGACGCCCUCGACCUCGGCUGCAGUAAGGACUGGAAGUACGGGUCAGACAUAUGCACGACAUCCCUCUCACAAGUGCCCCAACAGUUGCCGAACGGCACUCAAAAUGAGUCCAAAUCUAUUUUGUUUCCCUUAUAUAUGUUUUUAUCUGAAUUUGGAAAACUUGAUAAUUCACACGAAUUGACAUCAUUUGAACAAAUCAAAUAAGUUUUAUUAAUUUUAAAUGAGAUUUAUUAAUUAUAUUUUGUAUUUU